UUUGGCGUGAUUUCGGUAGCCAUAUUGAAGCGGUAGAAGAUACAUGUAGUCGUAAAGUCUGCAUGUCUAAAGUACCAUGCCAGAUUAUUGCUGUGCGUAUAACUGUAGGAACUGUAGGUCGAAAGCGACAAAGGCAGCAAAGAUUACUUUUCAUAAAUUUCCAAAGGAUGAUCAGAGGCGGAAGGAGUGGACUGAGUCAUUGCGUAGAAAAGAUUUCCAGCCUUCAGAGGCAUCUUCGCUUUGCAGCGAGCACUUUACUGACGACUGUUUCGACAGAACUGGUCAGACUGUGCGAUUGAGAGAUACAGCCAUUCCCUCUAUUUACAAUUUUCCUGGCCAAUUCAAGGUCGCAUUAUGUCAGAAAAAGAAGUCCAUUAGCAAAAAGAAAUGCCAAAGCAAGACGUGUGGUGAAUUAGUGCCUAUAAUAAGCCCUACAAUAGCCCAUCCCUUCUCUCUGCAUUUUCUACAGGAGCAUGCAUACGCAUUAACAACUGAUUUGGAUGCCCUCAAAGUGAGAAUAAUGGCUGCAGAAGCAACACGUGAUUACAAAGACAAGUCUUUACGCAAUUCAAAAGCGAGGGAGGCACGUUUACAGGUCAUGUGCUCCAAGUUGUGUCACAAGCUACGUGCACAUAACUUGCUGACAGGACGUGUGAGGCAACAACUCGAUCGAAUAUAUUCUGAUCAUUGUUACCGAGUUGGAAACCUGGUUUAGCCUAUAUUCACGUCCUGGUGAAGAAGAAAGUAGAGUUAUGGAUCCGUUUGGCUGUGUCAUUUCUCAUUUGACAUCAAAAGCCAGCAAACUAUAGCUUUCAUUUGCUUGGGGAGCCAUUCACCAGCGAUUCAUGGAAUUGUAAUUGAACCAGGAAAUGUAAUUGAUCGGUAUGGGGAACCGUGAGCAAAUGGCAUUUAUGUCCAAGUACUGAAAAUUGAGGGACAUGCAGCAAGCUUAAAGAUGUGAAAACUGUUAGUGCAAGCUGGGCAUGGUGCAAGAACCCCAACCAUUUUCCGUGGUUCAAAAUGAAGAAAUACCCCGAUGGCUGUUGAGUCCAACAGAAGCGGAAUGGAAACACAGCAGCAUGGACUAUUCAAAUGUAAUUACUGUAUUACAACAUAAUGGAAGUGUAAACAUGUUAUAUAUGUUCCCAUGUUCCUUGCAAACAAAGAUGUAUAUUGACAGAAUUAUUUUUGUUAUGAACUAUUUGAAUGUGAUAUCAGACCCAGCAACCCAGCUACACAGGUGGUCUAUAAACUUGAGUCUCUGAGUAGGCCUAUGUAGUUUGACCUUCUAUGGACAUGGAAGCAAAUUCGUGAUCAUAAACUCUGCAAUUUUAUGUUAGCGUCAGAGACGUGGGAAUAUUCACUACCUAUUUUCGUUUCUACAAAACAUUAGGACUUGGGGAAGCUGGUUGUGUUGUAUUUUGUUCUUCUGUUAUAAAAUGCGUAAAAAUGUGAAGGUGCAACGGACCCUCUUUUCCACUUCUUCUAAAACUCCCUUACAUCUACCUCCAGGACCACAUCCACUACAUUCAUAAUCCAUCCACCUGAUUAAUUCUUCAUCCCAUCUACCUUUCUACCUUCGUCAUCAUGUACCUCUCUGCAUUUCCGCCCAUAAAUACUAGGCCUACCUUCGUCACUUCUUCACUUUUUGAAUCUCAUACACCUCUAUCCCUAUAAACUUCACUUCUUCGCCAACUCCUCAAUAUUCUGCAAUUCCUUCUUCCCCUAUCCACUCCUUAUCUACCUCCUCGUGAAUUUAUCCCAUUCCGCCUCCUUUCAGCUCCCAGCUCUCAUCCUCCUAGGUGCACUCGCGUCAAACCUACGGGGUUUUAGUUCAAAUAUUCUAUCAAACCGUAAAAAUAUAUAGGGACGCUAGUCUAAUGUGUUAUUUCUAUGGAUCAAACACUAAGCAGUGGCGACAUCUACCAAAAUAGCCGUCGUUACAUGAGAGAUAUCGCUGGGGAUUUCGUUCAUCGGCUCGGAAAAUACUUGUAUACAAAUACAAAUAUUAGAAUAUCAAAUAAUGGCUUAACACAAACUUACUAAUUUCGCCCUAUUUUUCCCUGCUUUUGCUGUGAUUGAAUCCCAACUCAUUUGUGCUACAUUUUCCCUACAAGUUUUAGUGAUUUCGUCAUAAUAAUUGAGUUACUGCUACUCUGUUAAAUGAUAUUGGAUUCUGGUAAAUGUGAACUGUGUUAAUCGACUACCAGGAAAACAUUGAUAUGUAUGGCAUAUUUGUCAAUUUAUUAUUGAAUACUAAGUAAAUUGGAUGCACAUUCAACGGUUAAAAUGUAUUACAAUCUAUAUUGUCAAUCAUCUAUAUUGCAAAUUGGUUCUAUACUGCCGCUGGCAGUAUUUAUAACAUGCUACUUUUAUUCUCAUAGUA